CCAAAAUACAAACACGAUCCACAUUACAUGUGAACAUAGAUGUCGAACGCGUGUUGGUCAAGUCGAGUUUGGUAUUGAAUAUCGAUUGUCGCAGUUGAAUCGUUUUUACACUUACGAUAGUCCCCCUCCAUAUUUAUAUAGUGGUAUGAAAUGGCGGUCUCCCUGUCAGCAUAUUGGGUGAAAUUCUUCAUCGGAGCUGGAUUUCCUCAGGAUGUUGCGACAAAACAUGCAGUUGUAUUUUCAAACAAUCGAAUCCAUCCAGACAUGCUCCCGGAACUUGACAAACCCAGCCUCAAAGAGAUGGGGAUCACACUGAUGGGUGACAUGAUCGCAAUCUUAAGAUAUGCUAAAAAAGUUGUAGAGGAAACAACUUGCGAGAAAUUUUUGGUGGACUCCGAGGGCUCGAUUGUCUCAAAGGUUACUUCCAAGCCAGUGCUGAAAAAGCCAAUAUUAAAAAUGGUAACGAGAAGUGCCUUGCCUGGAAAAGCGAAACCUGAAUCACAGAUCACAUCAAAAUUGUUGAAAAGCACAGAAAAUCCUCCGACUAUAUCAGCUACAGCAACUAAAAAGAAACCUGCUGUGGCAGCUAAAGUCAUAUCACAUUACAUGGAAAAACCUAAAACAACGGUUGCACUCAAACGAAAAUUAGAAUCAUGUUCCGAUGAGUACGGUAGCGAUGCUAGCAAUGAAGACUGGGACAAUAAUAAUCCAAAGAAAAUGUUACCCGAGAAUGAUGAAGUUGGUUAUAAGGUGAUAAUGCCAAAGGGCACGACGUUGCGGAGUCAAAAAAUACUAAAAAAAGUCAUAGAUCAAAAAAAGACUGUGUUUGAUCGGCUUGGCGAUACAUCUGUGACUAGUACCACCAAUUUGGCGGAGACUGCGGCACCUACGUUCAAUGUCACAGGUUUAGGAAAAGAAGUAUUCAAAAGAAAUUCAAGUGUAUUCAACAGGCUAGGAGAUAAAGACGGUAAAAAAGAGCAAUUACCUUACGUGGGAAUUUUGAAAAAUGGCACAUCUAAUAAUACGACAACACCUGGGAUUUUAAAAAACUCGCCAACCAGAGUGGGAAAUACAAUUUUAACGACAAAAAAAGUUAUCAAAGUAACAUCCAAGCCAACGGGGACAAUGCGUGCGGACCAGGAGAAAAAGAAAAAUACGAUAGUCAAUAAAACGAAGCAGUUGGUCAAGUUAAAUAAGAAAAUCACUUUUAAUAAUAGCUCACCUACCACUGCCAAAGUUGUGAGAAAAACUGCAACUUCUAGCAAAUUAGCUUCUGAGCAAGUAUCCCCACUACCCGCAAAAGCACGACUUGGUAUUACGAGCACAUCACCAGUUAAACAAGUGACAUUUAACAAGACUGCGAUGGUUGCACGACUCGUGAAGCCUGGCGUAUUCAGCAGACUUGGUGUCUAAAGCAGAAUAUGUUAAUCUUUUUUUCUCAGUUUCGUUGUUGAUGAGCUUUCGUGAUUGCCCAUUUUUGAAGUGUAUAUACGUACAUACUUAAGCUAUUCAUAGAAGUAUAAUAAUAAAAUAUAAGAAUAAAAUGAUAGUCACAGCCAAGUAACUUGUGAAACUAAUAGCUAAAUUGCUGGCAGCGCAACAUGUAAAUUUGAUCUGAUCGUCGUAUUUGCAUGAAAAGUUUUAUCAAAGAUAACAUGGACCAGAAGUCAAUAUCACUCUGUUACUAAAAUAUCGCCCAUGUAGAUUUAAUCAUAGGAGGCAAAAAAUGAAAUCCAUGAAAGGCUCAAUUGCUCUUGGCAACCACUACCUUAUGGGAUCAUUUAUAAUUUCUAGAAGAAGUUUAAUUAUUCAGUUGUGCUAAUAAGUCGUAUCAACAUUGAGUAUGAGCACAACAUAUAACUAUUAUUUUAUGUCGUUGCUUUCACUAAUUUUGAUAUAACGUUUGGGUACCCCAAUUGUAACCUGUAAUUGCUAAUGCAACAAAAGCCUUUUCUUUUUUUCAAGUUACGUUUUUUCAUUUCAUCUCUACAGCGCAAGGGAUUCGAUAUUUCAGUCAUAAUAUUGACUGAAUAAAUAGGUUGGCAAUUUUGCUAUUAGCUUUCGUUUUCUGGAUUUCCAUAUUGCCUACUUUCGUUACGGGGUUCCUCUUUUUUAUUCAAAUGAAGUUUUACAUAAGUUUAUCAUGGAAAUCAAUAUUAACAAUUAACAUACAUAUUUUAUUUAAGGACUAUUUGCUAUUUGUAAAACAUCUCAUCCAAUUAGUCAAUAAAAAAAGAUAUUCACCGCUGA